AUGGGCAACCAGGAGGCGAAGCAAAAGAAAGCUGCGGCAGCAGCAUCGGCUAACGGAAGCUAUCCUUCACUGGAUGAAGGAUGGAGAGAGGGAGGAGGGGACUCCACGAAGAAGGGGGGAAAGAAACUCCACGGUAAGCACGGAGGUGGCGGAGGCGGGCUGCAUGGCCAAGGACCGGGAAAGAAGAAAAACAAAUCUGAGACCAAGUCCUCCGUUUUCUCCAUCCGGAAGCGAAAGGGCAACCUGAAGGCGAGGGCAGACCCAUGCUCCUCCGUCACGGGCUCCAAGGAGGACGUGUUGCUCUCUCAGCAUGACGAACCGGACUACACGAAAACACCUGACAUGUCUGGGGAUGAGCUUGGACCGUCGGACACCGAGGCUGAAAGGAAGAAGAAACCGGAGCCAGGGGAAAAAAAGGAUGAAGAGAAACAGGAGGUGAAGCAGGAGGUGAAGCAGGAGGUGAAGCAGGAGGUGAAAACCUCGACAGCAGAGGAUGGAGGGCAGAAGCCGGGCAGCGCCGGGUCGGACACGGAUAUCUACAGCUUCCACUCGCCGGCUGACCAUGAGGAUCUGCUCGCGGACAUCCAGCUCGCCAUACGGCUCCAGCACCAACAGCAGCACGGGGGGGUGACUGCAGCCGGGGAGGUGCAGGGAGGAGGAGACAAGGACCCGAGCUGGGAAGGAGAGGGGAGGAGGAAGCAGAGCAUUGGAGACGUUACAUUAACUCCUCCUGAGGUGCUUGACCUGAGUCCAGAACUGGAGUAUGGGUCCGAUGCCCUGUCGUUCCUGGAGGCGGGACCUCCGCCUGACCCGGACCGGCAGCCGACCCCACGCCCCCCCUCCGAGAGGAGGGAGGAGGCGGAUGGGGUGGAGUGUCCAGAGCUCAAUGGGAAGGGGCAGAGCGAGAGAGAGACCUCUCUUUGUGUGGCCACGGGCACAAAGGAGCAGCAGCCCCCUCCCACAGCCGUCACCAUGGCUACCAACGGAGGGUGGGGGGCGGCAGUCAGCCCGGUCGCCAUGACGACCGGUGGUAACAGCUUCCCCGAUUGCACAUUUGACAGCGCUGGGAAUUCCACAGAGGAUGCAGAGGAGGCAGGAAGUGAGGGAGAGGAAAGGGAGCCCGGCGUGGAUGUAGAUCCCAGGUCUCCGCCCGCAGGAAGCCCCCACAAGAGCCCUGAAGCCACCGACGGGCUGAGCUCAGGGAACGUGUUCGAUGAAGGCGAGGGUCAGCUGGGCUCGGGUACCAGCGCCGAGUCCCUGGAGGACUGCUUGAGCGCUGGGUCCGAAUCCAACGGCUCCUCCACCUCCGCUGCUGCUGCCGGCUCCAGGGCCUCCACCUCCUCGCGGUGCAGGAGGAGCACGCUGCCUCCCCAGGAGAGCCCCACGCUGGCCCAACGACUGCUCAGGUCCAGCCACUCCUCCACCUCCUCCACCUCCUCUAUCACGAUGGUGAAACCCUACCCUCCCAUCUUCCCUUCCUACGUCAAGACCACCACAAGACAGCUCAGCUCCCCGGCGCUGUCCCCCUCCCACAGCCCCCUGUCCCCCCGCAGAGCCCAGCAUCACCUCCACAGGACGAUGGGCCAUCAGGUGCGCAGGCAGCGCUCUCGAAGCCUCGCCGGGACCCUGAGCCGCUCGGCCGACUGGACGGAGGAGCUGGAGAGGAGGCUGAGGAGCAGGGAGGAGGACGGAGGAGGGUCGGGGGAACAUCUGGUGGGCCACAGAGGAGGAGGCAGCCAGCCCCUCUGUGCUACCACGCGGUCUCACAGCGGGCAGGUUUCCACCUGCGGCUUCCAGGACGUCUUCACAGGGCGAACUCUCCUGGAGAGGCUGUUCCAGCAGCAGCAGCAGCGGGAGGAGGAGCCGGAGGAGGCCAAGAGGCUCUGCUCCAGGGUCUUGGCCAUGGGCCUCCUGUUGCCCUUCACUGACUGCUUCAGGGAGCAGCUGGGAGGAAGCCCCACCCACAUCGCCUCACCAGCAUCAGCCAAGUUCAACCAUGACCAGCUGUACACGUGGGCAGCCGUGAACCAGCCGCCUCACUCCCUGGAGGCCCUGGAGGGGAAACCACCGGGGGGGCCGCUGAAGGGGCCCUGGCUUCCAGUCCGGCCAGGUGGAGACAACAGGGCCGUCUUUAAACCCACAGAGGCAGAAGACAGUCAAGAACACCAUGCCGCCAUCUUGGAUUUCACGCAGCAACAGAAGGAGAGCCUCGUGGAGGAGCGCGUCCUUCCUUCAACCAAGCUGAAGGAGAAGCACAUCAGCGUCAUCCUGCAGCUGGAGCAGACCAUCGAGGACCUCCAGACUAAGAUCACUGAGCUGGAGCAGCAGCCCCUCCCCCUGGACCCCGACGGCCCGAAGCCCGCCCCCUCCACCACGGACCGGGAGUGCGGGGGCGAGGAGGGGCUGCUGAGGGCGGUGUGCGACGCCCACCUGCAGACGGAGGCGGCGACCCCUCCGGGCGGCCUGGAGGCCAAGUCGGUGCAGACGUCGCCCAUGGACGGAGGCUCCGCCUUCAGAGGGCCUGAGCCGGGCGGAGCCAACGACUCCCUGCAGGAUGGCUCCACGUGUUUGUGUCAGCCUCCACCUCCACCUCCACCUCCUUUACACGGACAGAUUGUGGCACCUCCUCCCCCGCCACCUCCUCCCCCGCCACUACCAGGAGGCGAAAUGUCCGCUCCUCCGCCUCCACCCCCAUUACCCUUUGGUUUAGCAGCUCCUCCACCUCCACCUCCAUUACCCUUUGGUUUAGCAGCUCCUCCACCUCCACCCCCAUUACCCUUUGGUUUAGCAGCUCCUCCACCUCCACCCCCACCUCCUCCACUUCCAGGUGGCCUUGCUCAACCCCCACCCCCUCCUCCUCUCCCUGGCGGCAUUGCUCCACCUCCGCCUCCACCAUUACCAGGAAUAGGAGGCCCACCUCCUCCACCACCGCCACCUCCAGGCUGCGGGCCUCCUCCACCCCCUCCUCCACCGGGAGUCUUCGGUGUUCCCGCAGCUCUCCCAGGAGCUCUGGGGUCCCUGCCGCCUCCUCUGCCGUUCGGGCUGUACGCUCUGGGUCUGACCCAGGAGAAGCCCGCCAGGAAGGCGGUGGUGGAGCCGCCCAGACCCAUGAAGCCCCUCUACUGGACCCGGAUCCAGCUGAACACCAAGAAGGAGGUUUCUUCUUCGUUGGUGUGGGAGACAAUCGAGGAGCCCGACAUGGACUUCGAGGAGUUUGUGGAGUUGUUCUCCAAAACAGCCGUGAAGGAGAAGAAGCAGCCGCUCUCGGACACCAUCACCAAGUCCAAGGCCAAGCAGGUCGUGAAGCUCCUGAACAACAAACGCUCUCAGGCGGUGGGAAUCCUCAUGUCCUCGCUGCAUCUUGACAUGAAAGAUAUCCAGCAUGCCAUCCUGAACUUGGACAACACCGUGGUGGACCUGGAGACCCUGCAGGCCCUGUACGAAAAUAGGGCGCAACAGGAGGAGCUGGACAAGAUUGAAAAGCACAUCAAGGCCUCCAAGGACAAGGAUAACUCCAAACCUCUGGACAAGCCAGAGCACUUUCUCCACCAGCUCUCCCUGAUCCCCAACUUCUCCGGCAGAGUCUUCUGCAUCCUCUUCCAGUCCAGCUUCUCUGAGUGCAUGUCGUCCAUCACGAAGAAGCUGGACACGCUGCAGAAGGUUUGCAAGGCGUUGCAGGACAGUCCCACGGUGAAGCGGGUUCUCGGCCUGAUUCUGGCUUUCGGGAACUUCAUGAACGGCGGCAAUCGAACCCGAGGCCAAGCGGAUGGCUUCACCCUCGACAUCCUGCCCAAGCUCAAAGAUGUCAAGAGCAGCGACGGCAUGAAAAGUCUUCUGGCUUACAUCGUGGCCUACUACCUCAGACAUUUCGAUGAGGAUGCUGGCAGAGAGACGUGUGUGUACCCUCUCCCUGAGCCUCACGACCUGUUUCAGUCAUCACAAAUGAAGUUUGAAGACUUUCAGAAAGACCUGAAUCGACUCAAGAAAGACCUGAGAGCGUGUACAUCAGAAGUGGAGAAGGUGUGCAAGGUGUCCGACGAGGACAACCUGCAGCCCUUCAAGGACAACAUGGACGACUUCCUGGCUCAAGCUAAAAGUGAGCUGGAGACUCUGGAUGCUCAACUCAGCAGCACUCACAAUCUGUUCCUGGAGCUCACGGUGUUCUUCUCCGUGAAGGCCAAGUCGGGAGAAAAAGAGCCUUCGCCCAACACUUUGUUCUGCGUCUGGCACGAGUUCUCCUCUGACUUCAAGGACCAGUGGAAGAAGGAGAACAAAGUCAUGCUCAAGGAGAGGUUAAAAGCAGCAGAAGAGUCGUUCCGACAGGCGAAGGAGAAGGCUACCUACAGCGUCAAACCAAAACACGCCUCUGGCAUCAAAGCCAAGCUUGGCAUGAAGAUUUGACUCAGUCGACGUGGAGUGCUUGUUUUUCCUAACUUUGGACACCAGCCGGGGGUCCCCCAAAUACAAAGGACAGAAGAGUCAAAUGAAGGGACGUAAGUGGAGCUGAGCCUCCACGCUGGACAUGUUGUUGUAUUGAUUUAUGUCGUGCUCUGGCAGCUUGAUCCCUCACGCUGCUCUCUGGCUGGAUGCAGCCUGCGGGGCCACCAGGCCCCAGGAAUCAGGUCUGGACCCCUAUAGCAGACGUCACCUGGAAUAAUAAGACUAAAAGAGAAAUGUACACAGCAAGAAAUGUCUCAGAGCGUUCAACAAAACCCAUAAAUAGAGUCCAAACGGGCCAUAUAUAAUUAAAUCUUAAGGAUUAUGAUGUAAAACCAUCAACAUUCACAUCCACAGGUGUGUCUGUGCAGUAUAAAGUUCUGUGGACGAGAGCCAGAGCAUCAGGAGGACGUAACAGGACCAGAGUUCAUCCGCAGUGACACUGGUGGAAGCACAAAUAUGCACUCAGUGUCACUUUAUCACACUCUUCAUUGGGGAGACACACGCUUGAUGGAGUUAGUUCUGAUACAUCAACGUCAGCAUGCGACGUGACGAGUGGGGCCAGUUGAAAAGAAAAGCUUUAUGUUUUUGUUAAAUCAUUUUUCUUGACUUGUUGGUUCAAGAUUAAACUUUUUUCCCCACUUUUUCCCAUACAAAUCCACUCCGACCGCUUUAAUCCAAUCUCAAAAGUCCCUUUUAGAGUAUUUUUGUUUGAUGCUGUAGAAUGUUAUUCCUAAAAUGGCUGUUGGCCUAUAUCUAUUUGGUAAAAAUGAUUAUUCACCAUAAACUGAUUUAACCCCUGAAUGCAAUAAACCAUCGCAGCACAUUGUAGGCACACUAGCACGUCAAUGACAAGUCUGACUCAUUCUAGGUUGUUGAAUUCAUCUUCAUCCAAAGUCUUAAUAUUUGGCCCCCAUCAGAUAUCAGCACAAUAAUAAUGUGUUUUUUUUAUUCUACACAUUCAAAACGAUUUUAGAGGAUUGUGCAGUUGUGGUAAAGAGUAUUUUGUGGGGAGUGUGGCGCAUUAGGAGCAAACACACAAAGCCAGCUGGCUCAACACAUCAUCACUCCCAACCUGCCCAAUACCAGCGCUUCAGUACCACGAGUCAGUCGGACGUGCACCGUGUCUUCCCAAAAACAACUCCAUUGUUCACAGGAAAACGCAGUUUACAUUCAAUUUAGUUUAUUUUGUAUAGCCCAUUAUCACAAAUUAUAAACUCCCCUCAGAGGGCUUUACAAUCUGUACAUAGACAUCCCUCACCUGGCCCGCUGCCGUUGAGAUUGCAGUGAGACGCGGAGAAAAUGUGGAGUGGUGCUCUUCGCAAUAAAACCUCUUUGAUGGGACGUGUCGAGUCUCGGCCAAUCAGCGUUAAGAUGUCGACAGCGUUUGGGGGGUUCGGGUUAGCUUGAAUGUUAGCCCGCUACAUCUGCUGCUGUCACGCUGCACGGUGUAGCGAUGCUAACAAAGUACCCGUACGUUAAACACUAUAUGAUUUUGCAUAUUUUUAGUAUCAAUACUUCAUUAAGAGAGCGUGCGAUCAGAUCAGGCUUCAUCAAACAACGUGGAUGUGGUGUGGUGACAAAAAAAGAAAGUCACCUGCACCCCCCCCCCCAUGAGUUUGUAGGUCUGAUUUAGGCACCCCUGCGAUCGUCACACUUGUUCUGUUACAAACUGACCCCGGCCCCCAUCAGAGAAGGGAAAAGUUAUGUGGCCCCUCAGGAAAAAGUGUGCAGACCCCGGUGUAUGACAAUAUGUACACACUAUAUUUUCAAUAUAAACUUCUGUGUUCCGCAGGAAGUGAACCGUUUCUGUUCAUUAGUCUUUUUUUCAAAAUAAACCAACGUAGGUUUACUUAAGCGGCAAAACUCCUCAUUUUGGUUUGGAAAAAGAUCGCGGUUUGGGGUCAAAACACGAGCGUUUGUUUUGUUUGAUUGGCGUCAGUUAACGACUUAAGUCACGUAACAAAACUAUGGUGAAGUAAGUCAACUCAUCUUGACUUCGCUCACACGGAACACACACGUCGGUCUCCUGGGUGAAAGUCCUGCGUUGACCCCUCCGACCUCCACUCUCACCUGUAUGGAAACAUUCUCGCUCUUUAAGCUGACCGCCCAUCAGGGGCGUGGCCGGGCGCACAUGGCUGCUUUGAGUGUAUCAGACGGCGAGGGGCACCGACUGAGCGUUCGUAUUUCCCGUGUGGGUCGUCUUCUCUGGAUAGGAAUCUUAAAAUCUCAGCAGCCAAUGAGGUGCGAGACUGAGCGGCCCUGUGGACACCCAGUGGUGAUGCGCUCGCAUUAACAGCUUCAACAUGCUCCGUGGAAGAAGUGACCAUUGGGCCACCGACGCCUCCUUUUAAAAUGCAGCAGCACAUCGCCUCACCUCCAUAUCGGCGCUCUCUACUUGCACACAGCUGGUUUUAAUUCCACUUUCUGCUCCUCCCGUCAGACUUUAGUCCCUCAGUAGAAAAAACAAACUCAAUAUGCAUUCGUGCCUGUAAACUCACACGUGUUAUUUUAACGUACUGUAUGUUUAAUGAUACGAGAUAUCAUUCCAGAUAUACUAUGGGGAGUGUGUGUGUGUGUGUGUGAUUGUUCUCAUCAGCUGGUUGCAGUUGAAAGCCAUUUAACGACGAGUGUGUAUAGUGCAUUAAAUUACAGCUAUUGAACUGUGUUGCCGAACUGUUCCAGUAUUGUGAGACACGCUUUGUGUUUCUUUCUUUGAUGUCAUUUUCUGCUGGCCGGCAUGACGCUCUCAACAUGGACUUUGAAGCGUGAAGAGUUUCAUGUGCAACACAUGUUUUACGUAUACAUGAAGAGGAUGCAUGGGGUCUGACAGACGUGUAUUUUAUGUAAAAUAAAGAAAGAGAAUUCUGCAUUCUA